ACUCCGCGUCAACCCGGGAUCCGUGUUCACCUCCGUCUUCUUGGAUUAAUUUCUAGGGGAAUUUUUUUUUUUUUUGCAAUCUUCUUUUUAAUCCUGCUUUUUUCUUGGGAAAGGAAGUCCCACCGCCUCCGGAAAGCCUCGGACACUUCUGGUCGCGCGGGAAGGUUUUUGCCUGUUGGGUUCGGAUCUGGACGAGUGCUUUGCCCUUGGGGAUCUUCCGUGGGGGUCCGCUGUGAAGUGUGACUGAAUCAUGACCCUGGAAGAGCUGGUGGCGAGCGACAACGCGGUUCAGAAGAUGCAGGCGGUGACUGCCGCGGUGGAGCAGCUGCUGGUGGCCGCGCAGCGUCAGGAUCGCCUCACCGUGGGGGUGUACGAGGCGGCCAAACUGAUGAAUGUGGACCCGGACAGCGUGGUCUUGUGCCUGCUGGCCAUAGACGAAGAAGAGGAGGAUGAUAUUGCUCUGCAAAUUCACUUUACCCUGAUCCAAUCGUUCUGCUGCGACAAUGACAUUGACAUCGUCAGGGUAUCAGGCAUGCAAAGGCUGGCGCAGCUCCUGGGUGAGCCGGCAGAGACUCUAGGCACAAACGAGGCCCGAGACCUGCACUGCCUCCUGGUCACGGUGAGUGACCCACCCCGCCCUGAUCACCUGGGUCCCGUGUUUGUCAACAUAGCUGGGCUGGCUGCUCCAACACCAGCUCACUGCCCAGCCAUGCUCGGCAUGUCCCGUGGGCUGCCUCAUCACCCUGGCAGCUAUUUUGAGCUAGCCUGUUUUUCUCUAAUAGGGCUUCUGGCGCUGAACAGAGGCUCCCUACCGAACUCCUAGAGCUCCCACUAAACCCUUUCUUUUUCUCCCUCCAACAGAACUGUCAUACAGAUUCCUGGAAAAGCCAAGGCUUGGUGGAGGUGGCCAGUUACUGUGAAGAGAGCAGAGGCAAUAACCAGUGGGUCCCCUAUAUCUCUCUGGAGGAACGCUGAGGCCCACUCUAAACACCUAAAGCAACUGUUGAGUUGCUGUCCCCUAAAAAAAUUAAAUAAAAUACAUAUUUGACAGCGCCCCCUCAUUCCCCAGAACAAUCCCUCAAAAGCUACCCUACCCGUGAUACCUUCCGGGAGGGGCGGAGUCACCGAGACUGAGACGAGGAGAGGGGAGUGUGCGCCCGCCCGCCCCCUGGGCUAUGGAGCCAGGAGCCAGCACCACAGGUGGUCGCCAAGACAGGAAGGAGGGGACCUCAGGCUGGAGGAGACAGAGACUUUAGAGCCAAGGCCUGGCAAUCAUGCAGCCAGCCUCUGCACGCAGCCGCAGACGGUCUGGACACCGCCGCAGGGGUGGGGCGAGGCGUCCCCCACCCUGCUGGACAGUGAACUGUGCGUAACUCAGCGGAGGGCGGCGACCCUCGCCGCGGGAGCCGGGACUCGAGCCCAGGACUUCGCAGCUAAGGCACAUCUACUUUAGUAUUGUGCUGAGCAAGACAGAUCGCUUGCAUAUUUUUUUAAAAAUUUCUACUACAGAGACAUUCCAAUAAACUGGUUAAGCCUU